GGGUUCCAAAAAAACAUCCUUACCUUUGUCUUUCAAAUCCCCUUUAUGUUUUUCUCUUUCCUUGUCUACUGAAUUCCUCUCAACUCUCAUUACAUUUUUCCUCUCAUUUUAUUGAAACGUAAGAUUUGAGAGGCUUCAGAAUUUGGAGGUAUCAAGGUAAAGCUCAUUUUGGGGUACUUGAAUUUUGAAUCAAUUCCUUGAUCAUAUUUAGGUUUUUGUGGGUUUGUCACGGAUUUUCAUUUGAAAGUUUGGAUCUUUGUCUAAGAUUGUUCCAAUUGUGUAUGUAAAUUUGGGGUUUCAGCUGGGAAAAUCUUGCUAUUUGAUUGUUUCAUGUAAAAUCAAGAAAUGCCAGCUACAGAUUAUCAAGGGGCAUCUGCAUCUUUUACAACAUUUGGACGGUCCAUUUUGAGCAUACGCAAUCGUGAUCAAGUACAUUCCAUGGAAUCUGCUCAUGAGGGCACAAGCCAAGAGCUUGAGCUUGAAGCUUUUCAAAAGCAAGUAGCUGAUUGUUUCAAUGAUUUGGCAUCUGCUGACUCUGAUCAGCUUCUUUCGAUUCCCUGGAUUAGGAAACUUUUGGAUGUGUUCCUUUCUUGCCAAGAACAGUUCAGGUCCAUUGUGUUUAAGAAUAAAGGGUGCUUGAAUAAAUCCCCUAUGGACCGUUACAUAACAGAAUAUUUCGAAAGGAGUUUGAAAGCUUUAGAUGUGUGUAAUGCGAUACGAGAUGGGAUUGAGUUGAUCAGGCAGUGGCAGAAGCAGCUGGAGAUUGUUUAUUAUGCUUUGGACAAUCAGAGGAGUAUUGGGGAAGGCCAAAUUCGCCGUUCCAUGAAAGCCUUGAUUGAUUUGGCGAUUGGCAUGCUUGAUGAAAAAGAGUCUAAUUCAAGUUUUGCUCAUAGAAACAGGUCGUUCGGACGAAACAAUGCUCAGAAGGAUCAUAAUUCGUUGGGCCAAUUUCGAUCAUUGUCGUGGAGUGUAUCCCGGAAUUGGUCUGCUGCUAAGCAGCUUCAAGCAAUUGGUCAAAACUUAGUUGCUCCCAAAAGUAAUGAAAUUAUUGCCACCAAUGGAUUAGCUGUAGCUGUUUUUACAAUGAGUUAUGUGCUUUACUUUGUAAUGUGGGCGCUGGUCGCUGCAAUUCCUUGCCAAGACCGUGGCCUUCAGACGCAUUUUCAUGUCACUAGGCAAUUCAUUUGGGGUGCUCCACUUCUCUCCCUCCACGAGAGGAUAUUGGAGGAGUCGAGGAAGAGGGAGCGUAGAAAUGCUACUGGAUUGUUGAAGGAGAUUCGUCAAAUCGAGAAAUGUGCGCGCCACAUGAAUGAACUGACUGAUACCAUUCACUUCCCCCUUUCAGAGGAAAAGGAAGGGGAAGUGAAGCAAAGAGUUCAAGAGCUUGGGCAAGUCUACUAUGGCCUAAAAGACGGAUUGGACCCUUUGGAGCGCCAGGUAAGACAAGUGUUUCAUAAGAUUGUUCGAAGCAGGACUGAGGGCCUCAGCUCUAUUGGAUGAGGGAUUCAUGAGUUACAUAGGUAAAAAAUUGAAUCAAGGUUCCAUUUAGAGUUGUAGUAGUCGAGUGUGUGCGUGUGUGCAACCAUUGUUGGAAGAGCAGAUUAUGAUCUCAAUUUUCCCCUUGUUUCUUUUCUUUUAUUUUUGUUUGCCCUUUUUUAGAGGAGAAGAAGAGGGAGGAUGAAAUGGUGCAGUGUCCUAAAAUAGUUUAAAGAGGUAAAGUUAUGUAUUUAUCACUAUGUAUUAUGUAAAGAAUAUAAAAUAGUUGGAUCUUUGGUCCAUGUUGUAGUGUUCAUUGGGAUUGUAUUAAAGUUACUCAGUUUUCUUUUAGCUCUGUAA